UGACUUUCUGUGUCUUUAGGUGUUCACUCGCUAUGGGAAGUGUUACACGUUCAAUGCAGGAGUCGACGGCCGCUCUCCACUCAUCACCACCAAGGGAGGGAUGGGCAACGGCCUGGAGCUCAUGUUGGACAUCCAACAGGACGAGUACCUGCCUGUCUGGGGAGACACGGAGGAGACCUCAUUCGAAGCAGGGGUCAAAGUUCAGAUCCACAGCCAGGAGGAGCCGGCGUUCAUCGACCAGCUGGGCUUCGGCGUGGCCCCCGGGUUCCAGACGUUUGUCUCCUGCCAGGAACAGAGGUUGAUCUACCUGCCCCCACCCUGGGGGGACUGCAAGGUGACCCCAAUGGACUCAGACUUCUUUGAGAGCUACAGCAUCACAGCAUGCCGCAUAGACUGCGAGACGCGCUACCUGGUGGACAACUGUAACUGCCGCAUGGUGCACAUGCCCGGUGACGCACCAUACUGCACCCCUGAGCUGUAUAAAGAAUGUGCUGAUCCAGCUCUGGACUUCCUGGUGGAGCGGGACAAUGACUUCUGCGUGUGCGAGACUCCCUGCAACAUGACACGCUACAGCAAAGAGCUGUCCUUCGUCAGGAUCCCCAGCAAAGCAUCCGCCAAGUACCUGGCCAAGAAGUACAACAAGUCCGAGCAGUACAUCGCUGAGAACCUGCUGGUGUUGGACAUCUUCUUUGAGGCCCUGAACUAUGAGACCAUAGAGCAGAAGAAGGCCUACGAAGUGGCAGGACUUCUUGGGGAUAUCGGCGGCCAAAUGGGACUGUUUAUUGGAGCGAGUAUACUAACCAUUCUGGAGCUAUUUGACUACAUCUAUGAGGUGCUAAAGUACAAGUUGUGCCGCUGCUCGGACAAGAAGAACAAGCAUCUCAACGACAACAACAACGACCACGGAGCCGUGCUCGGCAUGGACGACGUCAAGUGUCACGUCACCAACUUCCACUGAUCCUCUGGCCGGCACCAACAGAGAGAGGAGAAUGUGUUAUACUGUGUGUGCCUGCUUUAGGGUCACCAUGCUUCACACAGGGUUUAGGUGCGGACGCUAUCUGGAUAGAUUCAUCAGUACGUCUCAUUUAGAUGCUGCAUCGGCCUAGGUAGACACCUUUGCGACAGACAGGGACGUAACCAUUUGCAGAACCAUUUGCUGUGGCUCAGCUGGCGAUGCCCUUCAUCGGGUGUGUUAUCACACAGGUGAUGUGAUACCAUGGUGUUAGCUCCCCCGGUAUAUUUGGGUUUGAAUAUUUAUUGUUAUUAUUAUUAUAUGAGUUAAGAAUUUGGGUUUCAGUGUCGCAUUCACAUUUCUUUUAAUUAUUACUUUUAUACAUUUAGUAUAUUCAUUAUUUAUUUAUUUUCCUAUUUGUAUCAUCCAAAAAGUAAUUUCAGUAUCGUUUUUUUAUAUCAGUCCUGCCCUAUUUUGUCAAGAAACUACCUCAUCUUUCAAGGCAGAGAAAUUGUAAGAAAGAUUAAAUCGAAUUAUGGUUGAGGAAUAAAUUGAAAAUGAUUCCUGGCAUGGGAAUAUAUCAUGUACAACACAUAAAUUGUUUUCAUCAAGAAUGAAAAGAUAAAAACAAAUCAUAGUUCAGUUGAUAAAAAAAAAAAAUCUGAUGCUAUGGAAUCAGUUUACCUUGGGUGACAAUCAAUACAAACAUUCAAAAUGACAAGGGUUUAAAGGGCACAUCGGGCACAUGAAACCAAACAAUAUUGAAAUUGAAAUGGACAACAUCUAUUUGUUGUCUUUCCAACAAGCUAUUUAAAGGGUUUUACACAUUUGCCAUGAGAGACUUUAAGAUGUACGUCAUUGCAAACCGAUCUAUUUUCUUUGUUGAUAUUCAAUGCUGAAUGUGUUCAGGUUUCCUCUGUAUCCACAGGGCUCCUCGCUUGCAUGACACAUUGUGCUGUUGCGUUUUCAUUUACAGUAAGCAGUAUAUCGGCAUGCCUAUCUGCUGAAUGUUUCAUCACUGUGUGUCUUUGUUUUUUUGUGUAUGAUGUGUGUGUGUGUGUGUGUGUGUGUGUGUGUGUGGGUGUGGGUGUGGGCUAUGUGUAUGUAUGUGUGUGUGCAUGCAUGUGGGUUUUUAACAGACGUAAGUUAAGUAUGAUUAUUUUCGUUUCCUGUAUGUCUGUAAUUCAAAAUGUUAGUACUCUGCAAGCAGAGAUUAGGUUCUAAUGGUGUAUGCAUUCCUAUAAUGUGUGUGUGUGUGUGUGUGUGGUGUGUGUGUGUGUGUGUGUUGGGUGUGUGUGUGUGUGUGUGUGUGUGUGUGUGUGUGUGUGUGUGUGGUGUGUGUGUGGUGUGUGUGUGUGUGUGUGUGUACGCUAGGCGGCUUCUAUGAGGGGAAUCAGAACAUACUAUACUAUUGACAGUGAAAACUACUGUACUCUAAUGGGACCUCUUUACACUCGCUAAAGCUAUACUGUGUACUGCUAUUAUUAAGCACAACAGUAAAUCAACUCUAAAAAAAGAUGUAAAUAUUCCAAUGGCUGUGGAUCGCAUUGUUUGUAAUGUGCUAUACUCUGUCUAUUAUUGUACUUGUUGCAACUGAAUAUAAACUAUGUAUGUAUUUAGUUAUAAAUGCCGCUCAUUGAUGAAUUAUUCUAAUUCAACCAUAUGUACCAAUAAUAUAUUGGUAGAAUCACCUGUGUGUUAAUUAAGUUAAAAGCUGUCCUUAAUUAAAAGAGUCUCCUCGCUGGGAAUAAUAUUAGCUUGGGGCUGCAGGCUGGAACGCUUUGGGAACUGCUAUGAAUUUCAAUUAAACAAAAUCAUUUAUAAUAGUUAAUCACGUGUAAAGGGGAGGACAGGGGUCAAAAAUGUCUAAAUUGAAACAGGCAUUCAAAAAUGCAAUGGCUUCUUAUAGGGUCAAUAAAUAGUGCUCAAUCUUUUUUGAACAGUGUCUUACUGUAACACAACGGGGUCCUUUGUUGGGAUAUCAAAGAAUAAAAUGCUUCUUUGAGCUGAUUGAA